AUGGGCGAGACGAGCGAAACGAUUCAUCCAAAACGUGCGCUGGGAGUUGUUUCGUUACUCUCAAUGAUGUACGUAUCAUGUGUUGGUGGUGCGUAUGGAACUGAGCAGAUAAUUUCCUCAGUUGGUCCAUUGAUAGGGAUCAUCAUGUUAUACUUUCUUCCGUUUUUUGUCCAAUUUCCGAUGUGUUUGUUUACUGCGGAGAUCUCGUUGUCGUUGCCGAGUAACGCUGGAUAUAUCACAUGGUUUGCAAGUGGGUUUGGUGAGUUCAGUCACUUCAUCACACCAUUCAUCACAUUACUGUCACUCAUAUCAACGUGUUUGGACUGUGCCGUGUAUCCAACACUCUUUGUUUCAUAUUUACUGCAGAAGGCAACCAUCGCAAUACCUUACCAAUACCUCAUUAAACUGUUUUUAAUUGUGUUGUCUGCUCUUAUCAAUUUCAUUGGGAUCAGAUCCGUUGGGAUUGUCUCGAUCGUCAUCAUAACUAUGAUGUUAGUCCCUUUCACUCUCUUCUUCUUCACCGCCAUCCCACAAAUCGACUGGAAUGCAGUGUCAACCUACUUGCCCUUCGAACACGCAAAUCUCCCAAUGUUCUUCUCUGUUGUCUUUUGGAACUUAAAUGGCGUUGAGAACGCAGCUAAUGUCGUCGAAGAAGUCAAAAACCCAAAGAGGACGAUUCCACUCUCACUCUUCUUCUUAGUCGUUUUAACAUCACUGACAACAGCUACACCAUUAAUGGCUGCUGUUGGUAUCGAUCAACGGUGGCCAAUAUGGAAAGAAGGGUCCUUUAUAUAUGUCUCCGAAUUACUCGAAGCUGGUGUAUGGGGGAAGAUAGUGUCGUGGAUGUUAUUUGUUGGAGCUUUAAUGACGUCUUCUGGUCUUUUAUUGAAUGGGAUGUGCUUCACUGCACGUCGGUUUCAGGGCAUUGCAAAUUUGAAUGUUUCAGAGUCCCUCAAAACGUGGUUUGGAAGAAACAAUGCGUACUUUGGAACACCAGAUACGUGUAUUUUACUCACAACAUUCAUUACUAUGAUAUUUGUAUUUACAACAACUUUCUCACAGAUGGUCGGAGUGUCAAGUGCGUUGUCUGCGUUCUUCUUAAUAGGCGAUUUCAUUACUUUUUUCGAGUUGAGAAGAAGAUACCCCAACUUGGAACGACCGUUUUACGCAGGUCCGACGUGGUUGUUGGCUUUCAUCUGCGCACCUUCAUUUCUAUUUUGUGUGUUGACGUUGUACUUCGGCAUUGCUACAGACUUAAUCACCGUCAUCGUCGCACUUUCACUCAUUUUGGGAUCGUUUGUGUUAGCUCUGAUUUUCGCACUUCUUGUUAAAAAGCCAUUGGAGCCACACCCAUAUGUUGCUCACUAUGGCGAAAAGGACUACAAACCUAUUUUAGACGAGUCAUCUAGUAGUACUGAAGAAAGCGAAGAGGCGAAAGAACCUGUGAAUGACGAGGAGAAUAACACGGGAAGUGAAAUAGUAGUUCGAGAUGUUGUGUAUAGUGAAGAACAAAACGCUCAACACCAACAAAGUGAAACAAAUGAUGCUGAGAAAGUGAAUGAAGACAACAAAGACAAGUAA